ACGAGGUCUGCCGCUGCCUCCUCGUUGCGCCCCGCCCGGCUGCUACGCUAUAAGUAGCCCAGGCCAGAGAACUCCUUCCAGAAGUUACCCCCUGCUUCUGCUGAGCGAGUUUUUCUCUGUUCCACAACCACACAGUGCCAGAGAGCUCCGCGCUCCAGGCGCAGACCCCGGCAGCGCGCAGAUCCUCGGCCACCGCCCGGGGCGCGCUCCCCUCUGGCCCGCGCGGCGCCCGCCGCUCACCGCGUCCUCUCGCCCAGGUGCUCGCGGCCAGCAGCUGCACCAGGUGGCGUCAGGGGUGGGGUCAAUGAAGCGCAGCCUGAGGAAGAUGCUGCGCCCUGGGGAGAAGGAUCCCCGGGGCGUCAUCUACGAGGGCGUGGAGGACGACAUGGAGGACGGCACAGACUUCUUUAAGGUGGUUUUUGAAGGAAGUACAUGUAAAUUGCAAAACUUUGUCAAGAAACGAAAGAGAUUAAGCAAAUAUGAUGAUGAGAAUGCCUCUGCUUUGCAUCAUGCUGCAGAAGAAGGUCAGAUUGAGAUGAUGGAGAUGAUUAUCAAUGAAUCCUCUUGUGAAGUGCUGAAUGAGAUGGACAGUUAUGGAAAUACCCCUCUACACUGGGCCACAGAAAAAAACCAGGUUGAAAGUGUAAAGUUUCUUCUCAGUAAAGGAGCAAACCCAAACCUCAGAAACAGCCACAUGAUGGGGCCACUCCACAUAGCCGUGCAAUGCAUGCACCAUGAGGUGAUGAAGGUCCUGGCUGAGCACAGUAGUACUAAUCUUAAUUUGGAAGGAGAAAAUGGAAACACAGCUCUGAUUCUUGCAUGCUCCAAAGAUAAUAGUGAAGCACUACAGUUCUUGCUUAAUAAAGGAGCUAAGCCAUGCAUAUCAAAUAAAUGGGGCUGUUUCCCUAUUCACCAAGCUGCAUUUUCUGGUGCCAAACAAUGCAUGGAAAUACUAUUAAAGUAUGGUGACGAACACGGAUGUGGCAGAGUGUCUCAUAUUAACUUCAUCAAUAACGGGAAAGCCAGUCCCCUCCACAUGGCAGUUCAGAGCGGCAACUUGGAAAUGAUUAAAAUGUGCCUGGACAAUGGAGCACAGAUAGACCUGAUGGAGAAUGGGAAGUGCACAGCCCUUCAUUUUGCUGCGACCCAAGGAGCCACUGACAUUGUGAAACUGAUGAUCUCGUCCUACACUGGUGACUGUGACAUCGUUAAUGCCGUGGAUGGAAAUCAGGAGACACCGCUUCACAGAGUCUCAUUAUUUGAUCACCACGAACUAGCAGACUACUUAAUUUCAGUGGGAGCAGAUAUUAAUAAAAUUGAUUGUGAAGGACGUUCUCCACUUCUGUUAGCAACUGCUUCUGCAUCUUGGAAUAUAGUGAACCUGCUACUCUCUAAAGGUGCCAAAGUAGACAUAAAAGAUCAUCUUGGACGUAAUUUUUUGCAUUUGACUGUACAACAACCCUAUGGAUUAAAAAAUUUGCAACCUGAAUUUAUGCAGAUGCAACAUAUUAAAGAGCUGGUAAUGGAUGAAGACAAUGAUGGGUGCACUCCUCUACAUUAUGCAUGUAGACAGGGGGUGCCUGUCUCUGUAAAUAACCUGCUUCACUUUAAUGUGUCCAUUCAUUCCAAAAGCAAAGACAAGAAAUCACCCCUGCAUUUUGCAGCCAGUUAUGGGCGCAUCAAUACCUGCCAGAGGCUCCUACAAAGCAUAACGGACACGAGGCUUCUGAAUGAAGGUGACCUUCAUGGAAUGACCCCUCUCCACCUGGCAGCAAAAAAUGGACAUGAUAAAGUAGUUCAACUUCUCCUGAAAAAAGGUGCAUUAUUUCUCAGUGACUACAAUGGCUGGACUGCUUUGCAUCAUGCCUCCAUGGGCGGAUACACGCAGACAAUGAAGGUCAUUCUUGAUACCAACUUGAAGUGCACAGAUAAGCUAGAUGAAGAAGGGAACACAGCACUUCACUUUGCUGCAAGGGAAGGCCAUGCCAAAGCCGUCGCCCUCCUUCUGAGCUACGAUGCUGACAUACUCCUAAACAAGCAGCUGGCCUCCUUUUUGCAUGUUGCAAUUCACAAUAAGAGGAAGGAGGUGGUUCUGACGACCAUCCGGAGCAAAAGAUGGGAAGAUUGUUUUAAGGUCUUUAAUCAUUAUUCUCAAAGCAAUAAGUGUCCACUUAUGGAAAUGGUUGAAUACCUCCCUGAAUGCAUGAAAGUUCUUUUAGAUUUCUGCAUGUCAUGCUCCACAGAAGACAAAUCAUGCCACGACUACCAUAUUGAGUAUAACUUCAGAUAUCUUCAAUGUCCAUUAGAAUUCACCAAAAGAGAAACAUGUCCACAGGAUGUUACCUAUGCGCCUCUUACAAUACUCAAUACAAUGGUACAACAUAACCGCACGGAGCUUCUCAACCAUCCUGUUUGUAAAGAAUAUUUACUUAUGAAAUGGCUGGCCUACGGGUUUAGAGCCCAUCUUCUGAACCUAGGAAUUUACUGUCUUGGUCUCUUGCCUAUGACCUUCCUUGUUGUCCAUAUAAAGCCAGGAAUGUCUUUCAACGCAACUGGAAUCAUCAAUGAAACUAGUAAUCAUUCAGAAAUGUUAGACACCAAGAUUUCAUAUCCUAUAACAGUUUGUAUGAUUUUAGUUUUUUUAUCAAGUAUAUUUGGAUAUUGCAAAGAAGUGGCCCAAAUUCUUCAACAGAAAAGCAAUUACUUUUUGGAUCAAAACAAUGCAGUUGAAUGGAUUAUCUACACAACAAGCAUCAUUUUUGUGUUGCCCUUGUUUGUUAGUAUACCAGCUCGUGUGCAGUGGCAGUGUGGGGCUAUUGCCAUAUUCUUCUCUUGGAUGAACUUCUUAAUGUAUCUUCAGAGAUUUGAAAGUUGUGGAAUUUUUAUUGUUAUGUUGGAGGUAAUUCUGAAAACUUUGCUGAGGUCUACAGUUGUAUUUAUUUUCCUUCUCAUGGCCUUUGGACUCAGUUUUUAUGUCCUCCUGAGUAUACAGGAUGCCUUCAGCUCUCCAUUACUGUCUAUAAUGCAGACCUUCAGCAUGAUGCUAGGAGAUGUCAAUUACCGUGAUUCUUUCCUAGGACCAUAUUUGAGAAAAGAGUUGGCAUAUCCAUUUCUGUCCUUUAUACAACUUAUUUCCUUCACAAUGUUUGUUCCAAUUGUCCUCAUGAAUUUACUUAUUGGCUUGGCAGUUGGUGACAUUGCCGAGGUCCAGAAGCAUGCAGCAUUGAAGAGGAUCGCUAUGCAGGUGGAACUUCAUACCAAUUUAGAGAAGAAGCUGCCACUCUGGUUCCUACGCAAAGUGGAUCAACAGUCCAUCACCGUGUAUCCUAACAGAUAUAGAGAUAGUGGGAGCUUAUUUGGUGUGUUUCAACGUAUCUUUUGCACCCAUGAAACAAAACAAGAAAUACCAAAUGUUGAUACAGCUUUAGAAACAGAACUAUUGAAGCAGAAAUACCGGAUGAAAGAUCUCACCUCUCUUCUGGAAAAACAACAUGAGCUCAUUAAACUCAUCAUUCAGAAGAUGGAGAUCAUCUCAGAGACUGAGGAUGAAGAUAGCCAUUGUUCCUUUCAAGACAGGUUUAAAAAAGAGCAGUUAGAACAAAGGAAUAGCCGAUGGAAUUUUGUGUUAAAAGCAGUAAAGGCAAAGACACAAUCCUGUUAGCUCACUGCCCAAAACUGCAACAGGGAUUCCUUUGGGGUGGGUUGCAUGACUUAUUGGAUCUAACUCAAAAUACUGAGGAAGGGGCAGAAUUCUGAUUCUAAUUUCAUGCCAUGAGAAAUCAUGGUUCCUGGAUUCUAUAUAAAAGUUAAUGAUAUCUUGCUUUCUAAUCAUAUUUUCUUCCAGUGGCUAUGUAAUUGGGAAUAUCCUUGCUGACAUGUUCAAGGUGGACUUUACCACUUGUUAUUUGAAUGGUUAGAAAAAUAAUUUGCUAGAACGCACACUUUUAAUGAUGUCAUAAUAAAUGUAACUAUUAAUCUAGAAUGCAAAUGUCAGUAUGGGAUCCUUGCUUGUUAAUUGUCUUGCAUAAUAAGUAAUGCCUUAGACAGUAGUCUCAAGUAUUAGAUUAGGUUCUGCCAUUUGAAGUGCUUUUCUGUGUUGGGAGAACCUGUGGGUAGAACCCCGUGUGUUCCAUCUGUUUGUGUUGUAGUAAAUAGCUCCACCUUUCUUGUUGUUCCCAACAUACCCGAUGUCACUUUGAGCCAUAUAAUUAAAGUCCAAAAUAACAGACCUUAUGAUAUGCAUGAAUUUUACUGUGUAUGGUGUAUGUUAUUAAUUUUUGUUUACCCUGAUCAUAAUAAAUGUAAAGCA